GAGGUCCAAGGAACAUCUGUAUAAUCUGCUCUACAUUUACGCUACGGUGCAUCAAUUUAUUCGUUGCGAUUGGAUGAAACACAGAUAAAAGAUGGCCGCAACACCUGCGGGACUGCCCAAGGCCGUCGCUCUUCCUACGAGAAUCCUUAUUAGAACGUCACGGCCGACCGCCGGCAACUGUUCGAGUCUCUAUCAUCAGGCCAACAGCCGUUCAUUCUAUGACCACCGAUCUUCCUCUCCACCAAACCGGUCUUACAAUGCACUUCCAUCGAGAAAAGAUCCUCUGCGCUUCAGCGUUAGGGAAUUCCACGCUUCAUCCGCACAACAAGCAAUGAAAGAUCCUUACAAGGUCCUUGGUGUCGACAAGAAUGCCUCCGCAGCCGAUAUCAAGAGAGCCUAUUACGGAAUGGCUAAGAAAUUCCAUCCUGAUACGAACAAGGAGCCAGGUGCCAAGGACAAAUUUGCGGAAGCACAAUCUGCUUACGAAUUACUAUCCGAUGCGAAAAAGAGAGAAACAUACGAUCGAUAUGGGUCGGCGGCAUUUGAUCCCAAUGGCGGAUUCGAUCCCAAUGCUGCAGCGGGUGGAAAUCCGUUUGCCGGUGCUGGAGGUUUCCAUGGCUUUGGCAGUGGUGGGUUUGGCGCCGGAGGAUUUGGCGGUGGAUUCUCUGCCGACAUCAAUUUUGAAGAUCUUUUCGGUGCAUUUACAGGAGGUGCUGGACGUGCGGGGAGACGACGCGCAUCACCACACGAAUCUAUAUUAGUGGGCGAAGAUAUCGAAGUCCAAACAAACAUAUCUUUCAUGGAAGCAGCGAAGGGAACCGGCAAGGAUAUUUUCAUUACGCCGUUGGUUGAAUGUAAGACUUGUACGGGAACUGGUCUCAAGAAGGGUGCCAAACGAACGCAAUGCAAGUCAUGCAAUGGAUCCGGCACUCGAGUUCAUUUCAUGCAGGGCGGAUUCCAGCUGGCGAGCACUUGCGAUACUUGCAAUGGGUCUGGAAUGGUUACCCCACGUGGCUCAGACUGUAGCACAUGCAGCGGGCAAGGAGUCGUCAGGGAUCGACGGACUGUCCAUGUUGAUAUCCCUGGAGGAGUAGAGGAUGGUAUGAGAAUCCGAGUUGCUGCAGAAGGUGACUCUCCUCCAACAGGCGGCGCGAACGCCGGUACCCGAACGCAGCGCGGUGAUCUAUACGUUUCAAUCCGUGUUGCGCCAGACCACCGGUUCAGUCGUUCUGGUUCUGAUAUUCUCUACACUGCAUCCUUACCAUUGACUACUGCUUUACUUGGAGGAGAGGUGACGGUGCCGACGCUUGAUGGUGAAGUAAAGGUUAAGGUCGCUACUGGUACAGGUACUGGUGAUCGCAUCACACUUUCAGGAAUGGGCAUGCGCAAGCUUGGUGGUCGAAGCCGUGGGUUCAGCUCAACUGGCGACCUCCGGGUGGAGUUCAAGGUCCAGAUGCCAAAGUACCUCACUGCAAAUCAACGGACGAUUCUUGAAGUGUUGGCUGAUGAGAUGGGCGAUAAAACUGCUAAGCGUACUAUGAACGUUGGCAAGGACAUGUAAGUCGGAUUUUUAGUACGCUAGUAGUUUGUUUACUCACAUAUAGCUACAGCAACAACCCUCCCAGUUCUGGCUCUGGUGGAUUACCGGAAGAUUCGCACAAGAACGAAGGCUUCCUCAAAUCGGCAUGGCACCGUCUCACCAACCAACACAAAUCCUCCGAGUCCAAGUCCCAGGACGCCGAUGCAUCGAAGAAAGAGAAAUCUGAGUCCGAUGACCACAAUGAGUCCAAGAAAGCUUCAGGCUAGUGAAGCUGGCUUGUCUGAUCACUAUCUUUGUACAUGUUUACUCUAGCAUUUUGUUUUCCUUCAACCUGCACAGAUUAGAUCCAUAGCGUUGGCGAGUUGGUGUUGUCAUUUAUCGGUGGUCAUUUAUUCUGAUUGAUUUCGAGUUGCGAGAGGUACUCCCAUGUAUUAUAGCUAGAACCAAGUAUAUGUGAAGAAAUAAUCACAACCCUCCAUUCUUGAUUAUCAAUCUCAACUCGCACUGACAUGACGUAGCCAUACGUAUAUUGUAACCAUUAUGCUUAUGCUGCCCAGUGCUCAGGCAGCUUUUCAUAUGCUUCAGCCAAUAGGACUAUCGCAAGACUCAGGUAUUUCGUCAGUCUUCUGGUAAGGCAAUGCAAAGUCUCUGGGAAUCAUCCUAGUCUCAAAAUGAGAAUCACCGUCUCCCAAGCAC